GUGUUGAUAUUAGCAUGGCGAAUAUUUGUGCCUGACGAGUGUGGUAAAAAAAAGAACAAUGAUGACAGGGAUUCGAGUCGGAAGAUCGGUGGCUCAGCAACAGUAGUAGCCGAAACAGCCAGCAGUGCGGGCGCUCCCACAGUUUCUGCGAUGGAUUCUUCAUCAAUUGAAUCGUUGAGAGCACUGCUCGUGACCGAUGCGAUGCCAGAUGAUCGCAACUCGCGCGGCACACAGCAAUUCGCCCCUACCCUUCAGCCUAUACCGCAGUGUUCAGCUUCCACGAGUGUUGACGAUUUUCUGCGAUACUGCAGUGGCAAUCACAACACCGAGCGUUAUUUACUCGCUAUUCCAGAACUCGAGGUUAGCGAAAUGGCAUGA